CGUUUCCAGUGCAGACUCGGUGUCAGAAUCGCACCGCUUUCCUUUAGACGGACCCACCGUUGCUGUCACCGGAGGUUCCCAUUAUACUCCCCCUUCACCCCCCCAAAACAAGAAUGCACUAGACAAGACGGCUACGUGCUCCGACGCGUUCUCCUCAAUAGACUGACUGGAUGCGUUCCUAUAUAGGCUGGUAUUUAUAAAAAAUAUAUAUGUUUAGAUUAAGCGUCUUGGGUUGUUUUCGGCCUAUACGCGAUCGGAUCAAUGGAGACAUAUACGUGUUUAUUAGUGUGUAAUACACGUCGUUCUUCUUCGACAAAUAAUGGAUUACCCAGCAUCUGGUUUGAAGCAUGAAGAACCAACCGUACGAAGCCGUUAUGGUCAAAACGACGCGCGAUCACGAUGUCUUGGAUCUCAAAAAGGCUCGAGGUAUGGUUAUAUAAAAGACUCAACUAAUUAUUAAAGGCUGAUAUUUUGUACAUCAAACUGGGGGACCAGGACUGCUUAAUGUCGGAUUACAAAGCCCAGGCUGGGUUGCGCUUGCACAGAUGGCGAACACAAGUGAUCCAGGGGAAAGCAACCCCUCGCUCCAGAAUUAUGCCAUCACUGCGUCUGCGGUCAAACUGGCGUCUUUGGGUCUCAUCACCUGCAUCAGCCUGCUCGGAAAUACUGUGCUCUCGGUGCUGGUGCUGAAAGACAGCUCUCUCCACAAGGCUCCGUAUUACUUUCUUCUCGACCUGUGCUUGGCAGACAUCAUCCGCUCGGCCGUGUGCUUCCCGUUCGUGAUGAUCUCCAUCAACAGCGGCUCCGUAUGGAGCUACGGCAUCAUCAGCUGCAAGAUCAUCGCGUUCAUGGCCGUCUUGUUCUGCUUCCAUAUUGCCUUCCUCCUUUUCUGCGUCAGCGUAACGCGCUACAUGGCCAUCGCGCACCACCGGUUCUACUCCAAACGCAUGACGCUUUGGACAUGCGUCGCGGUCAUAUGUAUGGUGUGGACGCUCUCGGUCGCCAUGGCGUUUCCCCCGGUCUUCGACGUCGGGACCUACAAAUUUAUCCGCGAGGAAGAGCAAUGCAUAUUCGAGCACAGAUACGUGAAAGCCAACGACACGCUAGGCUUCAUGCUCAUGCUGGUCGUGAUUGUGGCCACGACGCAUGUCGUGUAUGUCAAAAUGCUGUGCUUUGUUUACGACCACCGCAAAAUGAAGCCCGCGCAGCUGGUUCCGGCUAUCAGCCAAAACUGGACCUUCCACGGACCGGGCGCGACGGGCCAGGCCGCUGCCAACUGGAUCGCGGGGUUUGGACGCGGUCCGACGCCGCCGACGUUAGUGGGCAUCAGACAGGCGUCACACAACGCCAGCCGGAGGCUGCUCGUGCUGGACGAGUUCAAGAUGGAGAAACGGAUAGGGAAGAUGUAUUACAUGAUCACGCUGGCGUUUCUGCUGUUCUGGGCGCCAUACAUCGUCUCGUGCUACAUCCGGGUGUUUGUGAAGGGAAACACUCUUCCUCAGGUGUACCUGACCGCGGCCGUGUGGCUGACGUUCGCCCAGGCGGGGGCCAAUCCCAUCAUAUGUUUCAUAUUCAAUAAGGAGCUGAGGAUGAGGUUCAGAGCCUGUUUGCCGUGUUGCCUGACUACACAAACACCCAUGGAGCCCUACUGCGUGAUUUGAAGUGUUUUGCUCACUUGUUUUCACCUGCUCUGCCUGCUUGUCAUAGCAUACAGUGGCCCCAAAAAGUAAAGAAGAGACCUGGGAGUGUUCAAACGUAUCUUAUAUUUGUCUGCUUCAAAAUAAAGCCAUUUAUAAUUCGGUUUACUAAACAACAUAUUUCACAAAAAGUGCUGCUGUAACAAGCAACCAUAUUCAGAAAAUGCCAAUUUAAUUGAAAUAAAAAAAUAACACACACACACACACACACAUUACAUAAAACAUUGACAACUGUUCUAUCAUUUAGCAUCUAUUAAUUUGUUCAAAACUUUAUCAUGUCAAAAUUGUUUUUCCCUAAUAAAUCUUUUAUAUUUGUGUAUAUAUUAAAAGAUUUGUAAGUCAAUUUCAUUUUAAACGAAUGCCACUUCAUAUUUUGAUAUCUAAUGCAAUAGUGUUCAUUUUUAUUUCUGUAUCCUGAUUUUUUUAUUUUUCUGUGUCCUGACUUUUUGGAGCCACUGUAGCAUGUGAUAUUUUCCUUCAUUCAGAGGUGAAAUCUCAGACCUGUUCCAAUGUUGCAUAUCAGAAGAUCCAUAUCCACAUUUAUGCAAUCCACAUAUCAAUGUUAAUAAUGUAAAAAGAUGAUUUAUUUAUAUUCUGGAGCCUCUUUGUAACUGAUAUGUAAUAUAUUUGCUAUGACUUUUUGUGUGAAUUAAAUGGCAAGUGGCUUUUUUUACUAUCACAUGGGCUAAAUGUGAAUAAACCAAGUCCCUCUCACAGUCCCUUUAAAUUGUUAAUGGAAAUCAGUUUUCAAUGGACACAAGCAAAUUUGAUGGGUCAGUGUUGAGAAGACUAUGAUUUGUAUUUCAAUUAAAAUAAAUGAUUAUGAAUUCA